AUGUCCCAAUCUUAUGAAGCAGACGCCAGUCUGGCGCUCCGCUUACCUAUGCGCUAUCCAGCUGCUUGCCGUGUGGGGCUCUUACGCGACAACUGCAAGAGUGCAACCUUCGGGCUCGUCGACACGGGCUAUUUGAACCUACCUACCACACGUAACAAAGGCUGCAUCUCCAAAUUCGCUCUGUACGCUGCAUGUGUAAUAUGCAACCGAAUUUUCUCCAUCAGCAAUGGAAUUGGCAGUUUGAACCACGUACAAGAUUCUGGUGAUAUUUGUUCUCGUUUUCCGCUGAGUGACUUGACUGAUUCUACCUGA